AUGGAGGAAUGGCUUCGACCGGCCAAGAAAGUCGUCAAGCCCAAGGCUACACCCAGUCCAGCAAAGAAAAUCAAGGCCGAGCCCGCUGAUACCAAUGGCUCAGCAGGAACGCCUGUGAAGAAACCAGCUCGUCCUCCCAAACGAACUCCAACCAAGUCCCGGACCAAGCGCAAAGCGGAAGAGAUAGAAUCUAGCCCGGAGUCCGAGCUCAGUGGUUUGUCAGUGGACCAGGAGACGGUUACUAUCAAGGCCACUAUGUCUACGUCUCGGAAGAGCAGUCGGGCGAAGAAAGUCAACUAUACCGAAGAAUCUACGUAA